AACAAAGUGACCGCGGCGGCGGCAGCAGCUCCGGAGCAGUCUGAGUACCGGACGCCGACAUGAGCCCCUUGGUGCCGCCGUCGGGCCGCGCUGCUGCGGGCUGAGCCCGGGGGCGGGAGACGCCCCGAAGGCGCACCGCUACCGGAGGCAGGGGCACCGAGAGCCCAGGACCCCCGGUCAUCCACGGGGUGCCCGGGACAGCGGCCGCCGCUAUGUCGGCACAGAGCCUCCUGAGCAGCGUCUUCUCCUGCUCCUCCACGGCCGCCGCCGCUCCCGCCGCCGCCAAGAGCCUCUCCAAGCGGAGGCUCCGCCAGACGCGCAGCCUCGACCCCGCCAUCAUCGGCGGUGGACGGGAGGACAGCGAGGGCGCGGGCCGGGUGCCGCGGCCGCGGGCCUCCGGCAGCCCCCCGGGGGACCGUCGCACCCCUCGGGGCCCGCCGCCUGCCCCCGGCGCCUCAUUCUCCACCCCCAGCACCCCGCUGGAGCGGUCGCCGCCGGGCAGCGUCCUCUUCGACGAGGAGAGCCCCCGAGGGAAGCGGAGUGCCGGCUGCGAGCUGCCCUUUCUGGCGCGCACCCCGUCGGCCUCAGCGCUGAGCGGACCUGCCAACAGCAUCUUCUCGUCGCCGCGGCGCUGGCUGCAGCAGAGGAAGGGGCAGCCCUCGCCGCCCGGACCUCGCCCCACCGCCUACGUCGUGUGGAAAUCCGAGGGUGAUUUCACUUGGAACAGCAUGUCAGGGCGCAGUGUUCGGCUGAAGUCAGUUCCCGUUCAAAGCCUCUCAGAGCUGGAGCGUGCUCGGCUGCAGGAAGUGGCUUUUUAUCAGUUGCAGCAGGACUGUGACCUGGGCUGUCAGAUUACUAUCCCCAAAGGUAAGGGCUUGAUAAACCAUCUCUGUUUAGAUUGCUAAGCCACUGACUUCAUAUCUCAGCAAUAAAAGGAAAAAAACACUAGCUUGUUUAUUCCACAGACAAUGUCUUCUAUUUCAUUCUGGCUUGAACAUAGUAACUAAGUAAAAAUGACUGGUAAAUUUGUUUGUAUUCUGUGUCAAAUUCAGGCCACCUGGGGUAGUAUCAUCUGAUCACGGACAGAUGUCUACAGGGUAGAUAAUCUAAAUCAGACCUGUUCAUGCUAGCAUGUCUUUAUUCAGUUGAGAGAGAAAGGUUUUUCUUAAACUUCCUGACAUCCAAAAGCACACAUCUAUGUAGCUUGGGUAGAUCAUGCCUUAGAAGUGCCUUUUACACUCUGUAUUUUAUUGUCUCUGGAGGAAACCAAGUAUCACUAGUUCAGACAGACAGGGAAGACAUCUGCAUCAAAUAAGAGGAAUCCUACCAAAGUUUCCUGAAGACAGUGGUGCUGAAAGCAAGUUAAUUUUCAGCAUAAAAUAUUGAACUCCUGAGGGACAGGAGUUUAGUUGAGACAGAGAAGAUCAGUUAUCAGAAUCCUGAUGCAGGAAACAUACACAUUGUAGAUCUGUACUUAGGUUUCUGUGGAAGAGAUCUCAGCCUCACUAAAGGCGAUGUGGAAGGUUCCAGAGUUUCCUGUAGGAUGGAGAUCAAGCUGUUGUGCAAUCUACAAAUCUGUGUUUCCUGUUGUUUCUUUCCAGUUGUAUACUUAUUUAAGGAAUAAUAAGGGACCACUGAAUUCUUACCUUUGGCUAUGAGCAGAGGUACCAUGUGGUACCAC